CGACCUCACACGACAUCAUCCCCUCCCACUUUCGCUCGACUCGGCCGGUCAGAUGUGAUCUUAUCUUUUCCCUGCAUCCACAAUGGUCUCUCUUAUCUCUACCGAGAGAGCAAGCAGCGAGUUAGCGCCUGUCGCCGGUGGCAGCCUCAAGCGGAAGUUCGCGGAGACAGACACGACCGGGAACCUAUCCUUGACCGAGACCAAACGCCGCCGAGUUACCUUCGAUCCGGAAGUCGAUGUCCACAUAUUUCCGGAUGUCAACGAAAAGAGUCUGGAGCUUGUGGGAGAAGAAGUCCGACGCGCACUGGAGAAGCACGCCGUCGGCGACAACUCAACGUACGAUCAGAUUCGGGGUCUCUUUGCCGCCAAACCCUCCUCGCCUGACGCGCCUUCGAGUUCGUUACUCCAGAAAUACCUAACUGCACUCAAUCACAAUGUCACUCUGCUUGAUCACAAGUGCUCUGGCCUGGUGCAUGGCAUAGUAGACAGCAGUUGGAUAGCGCGCAAUGAGCAUUACGUUAGGUCCUUUCGGGCCUUGCUGAGAUCUCUCUUGUCUGUGCAACCCGGGUACACAGGCGGCGUCCUACACAUGCUCGUUAACAUGUUUGUGGAGCUCCCUUCGCCGACCUUGCAUCCACAGGAUGAUCCGGCUAUCUCACGGCCACAGCUGCAAGUCCGUCUCCAUGAUUGUCUCAAGCAUCUCCUUCGACACAUCCAGAUGGCCAGCACUCUUCUGGGGCCUAUCCUCGCGAGCGCUUUUCCAUUCCCGACCGACCCUGCGAAGACACAUGCACAGUAUAUCAAGAACCUGCUAAGAGUGUCCGAAUACUGCCCAGAAUUGAAAGGGCAAAUCUUCUCCGUGAUCACUGACAAGCUAGUCAAGAUUGACGUCCAAAUCCAGGAUGAUAUGGAGGAACUGGAUGAUGAUAUCGAGGAUCGUCUCGUCGAUGGGACGCUGGGUGACGUCGACGAUGACGAGGAAGACGAUGUCAGCGAUGACGAAUCCGUUUCGAGCGAAAAGAGCGUAGACCCCGAGGAAGAACGGAUCAAGCAGCUUAAGGAGUCUGUUAUGAAACUGGACACCAUCAUGGACCUGCUUUUCAAGCACUACGACUCGGUUUUUGCUCGUGGGGACUUGGCACAAAUAGACGACACUUUUGAGAAUCUCCUGGCGCAAUUCGCAAGCAUAAUACUGCCGUCAUAUCGCUCUCGACACACACAGUUUCUCCUCUUCCAUUUCAGCCAGACGUCGCCCGAACUGGUAGAACGCUUUGCAGGCUGCUGUUCCCACUUGGCGUUCGACCCGAAGCUGCCGCAGAUUCUCCGUGUCACAUCGGCAGCUUACCUUGCUUCGUUUAUUGCGCGAGGGGCGCAAGUCUCAAGAGAAGUCGUACGCGACGUGUUCGACCUCCUGUGCCACCAUCUGGAGAGCCUACGUUCAGCCCAGGAGCCAAACUGCCGAGGGCCAGAUCUACGACGCUAUGGCACCUACUAUGCCAUCGCGCAAGCCCUGUUGUACACCUUCUGCUUCCGUUGGCGGGACCUGAUCGUUACAGAAGGGGAUCGGCCGCCGACCGAUGAUGACAUCCGCUACAACGAAGUCGACUUCAACUGGCACAAUUCCAUCCAGGACAUCCUCCGCCGCAAUGUCUUCUCCAAGCUCAACCCGCUCAAGAUCUGCGCUCCCACCAUCGUGGCGCAAUUCGCACGCAUGGCCCAUCACCUGCGCUUCCUGUACGUGUUUCCGCUCAUCGAGACCAACAAGCGGAUUCGCCUUGCACGGAAUCUCGGAGGUGGUGGAUACAUGGAUGGUGUUGGGGCGAGGGAAACGGCGCUUACGAUGAAGAAGGGGGAGCAGACUUUAUUGCUUGAUGCGUAUUUCCCGUUCGAUCCGUACGUGCUGCCGAGGAGUAAGAGGUGGGUGGAGCAGGAUUACGUCGAGUGGAGGGCUGUGCCCGGGAUGCAGCAGGAGGAAGAGGAGGAGGAGGAAGACGAUGAGGAAGAGGAGGAUGAAAGUGACGAGGAAGAAGACGAGGAAGAACAGAGUGCGUCGGAGAGGGGGAGGGUGAGCUUGAAGGACGACGAAUUUGAUACGCAUGAGGAGGAGGAGGAUGUGGUGGAUGAUAGCGAGGCGAGCGCUUAGGUGGUUUGCUGGUCUUUGGGCUUUUGUCACUGUCUGUCGGCUCCUGCAUUGCGUGGCGUAUGGGUGCAAGGGAGGCCAAAAUGGGUAUACUGGGAUGUUGGAGUUCAAUGGAUUGCGUGGCUCCGGUGUUUCAAGAUGAGUGCGAUGUUGAUGGGAUGAAAUGACGAUCUACGACCGAGAUAGAGAAGGAAAAAUUCCAUACUUUGAUAUUCAUCUCUUUUUUCGUUGUAGAGGGGAGUGAUGCCGGGACCUUUGAAAGGUCAGUCAUGUCAAGCCCUGCCUGUAGAAGGUUCACUAUCGUGGAGAGCGAAGACGUU